AUGAUACUUUUCAAUAUUGAAAUCACUUAAGGAUCAUUUACGAACCUGGAAAAUACAUAAACAUAAUAAGAUAUCAACAAACUUUAUUCAGAAGCUGACACAAUAUUAUACUAAAGAGUACCCACAGGAGUAAUUAGUAUUUUUAAUUUUAAUAAUGCUGUGAUAGAUAAUUUGGUUUUUAUGUCUUGCAAGGCAUAUUUUAGUCCUACUUUAUAUUUUAAUUAAGGAUAGUAUUUAAGUAUAUCUAAUUCAAAAUUUAUAGCAAAUCAGUCUUACGAAAGAGCUGGAGCUUUAAUCAUAAAUAAUCUCUUAUCUUCUGAUAUUUUAGACUCAGAAUUUAUUUCUAAUAUUAGCCAAACUAGUUAUGGAGGUGCUAUGAUUAUAUAUAAAUCUACAAUUAAUUAAAUUGCAAAUUGUACUUUUUAGAAAAAUAAAGCUCUUUCUGAUUCAGGAGGCGCAAUCAUAAUCAUUAGCAGUGAAGUUAAAGUACUUAAAGAUAAUUAGUUUUUUUAAAACUAAGCAGCAAUUGGAGGAGCUAUUAGACUAAUUCAGUGUCUUCCAUAUUUUAUAAAUAAAAAAAGAGACUAUAGUAUAUUAAAUACCUUUACUGAUAAUAUUGCUACUCUUUAUGGAAAGGAUUUAAGUUAUAAUCCUCAAGGAUUAGCUAUUAUAGAUCCUAAAAAUCCAAAUAAUUUAAUUUAUCAUAACUAUACUCUUUACAGCUAAUAGAGCGGAUCUUUAAUAAAUCCAACUUUAAAAGUAGUCAUAAUUGAUGAAGAUCGUCAACCAAUAAAAUUUCCUGGCUAUUUUAACCAAAAAGCCAAUAGUACUACUGCUUAAAAAUAAGUAAUAGAAGAUAUAAAUGUAUUAAAUUAAUAUUCUCUCUAUUAACUUAGUAUUAUGUCAAAUAAUAAUACAGCUUUAUAACUUGAUGGAACAAAAAUAUCAAAUUUUGAUUAUGAAGAGAAUGCAUAUAUUUUCGAUAUUAUUGCAAUAGCUAAACCUUUAACCUAAAGUUAAUUAACAAUAUAAACAACUAUCCCAUUUGAUGUAAUUGAUUUCAAUGUUAAAAAGAUUUUAUAAAAAACUUUAUCUUUAACAAUAACUGUUGAUUUUAGAAGUUGUAUUAGAGGAGAAAUACCAACAAUUCAAAAUUAAUAGUUUAUAACUUGUGAUAAAUGUCCUAGCGGUAAAUAUAGUAUUGAAGAGAUUAUAUAUAGCACAACAGGCUAAAGUGAAUAAUAAUUUUCAUAAUAUUCUUGUAAGAUUUGUCCACAAUAAGCCAAGUUUUGUGAAGGAGAUAUAAUAUAACUAAAGAAUGGAUAUUGGAGAUGGGGAAAUUAUACGGAUAAUAUUUACUAUUGCUCAAAAUAUCCAUAAAAUUGUGUACCAGAAGAUCCUCAUAAUAAAUUCGGUUGUUAAAAAGGAACAAUAGGCGUUUAGUGUAGUGAGUGCGACUUAAGAGGAGUGAUUUGGGGGGAAAAGUAUGGUAGAUUAAAUACAGACGAGUGCUAAGAUUGUAAAUUGGCUAGCAGUUGGUCUAAUAUAUUAAUCUUAAUUGUUGAAAUAUUUAUUAUACUACUUUAUCAGGCUUACUAAAUAAACAAGUAAAGAAUAUUCGCCCUAAAGUAAUGUGCCUAUAAAUGCCUAAGGAUAACCUACUUUUUGAUUAUGGGAAAAAGUGAGCUUAUUGAUUAAGGAUCAAUCUAUUUGAAAAUGUAUGUGAACUAUGCUUAAAUCAUGGUAGUGUUUAGAAGUUUUUAAUUUAAUAUUUUACCUAAUUUUUUAUUCUCCAUUUUUUCUAUAUUCGGAGGAGAUUAGUUUUCAUUAUCUUUCUUGAACACUGAUUGUUUCAUUUCAUCUUUAAUAUUAAGCUUACCUGUUUAUAUGAAUAAAUUUAUAUAUACUUUGACAUAUCCUUUGAUUUUUUUUGUAGCAAAUGCAAUUCUCAGAAUACUUUUCAAAACUCCAUAAGGUUUGAUUAUUAGUCUAAAAUCUCCAAAUUAUCUUACAACUAUCAAGUAUAGACCAUCAGUGUUAGAAAAAUAAAAAUAAAAGUAGAUUUUAUAUAAAAUGAAAUAAUUUGUAGUGAAUAAUCUAGCUGAUUUAAAAUCUAACUUUAUAUUUUUAUAUUUUUUUUAUGCUCCAACUGUAAUAAAAACCAUAUUAUCAUAUAUGAUAUGCCAGAAUGUAGAUGAUAAAUUUGUGCUAAUAGGUGAUUAAUCAUAAUUCUGUAAUAUAAAUAGUCAAUAAUUUUACUUAGUAACUUAUAUUGUACCAGUAUUUAUAGUUUGGAUAUUUUUGAUACCUGCAGGACUUUUGCUCAUUUUAUUCUUAAAUAGAAAUUUUUUAAGUUGGAUGUAUAUGAAGAGAGCAUACGGAUAUAUUUAUCAAGAAUAUAGGCCUUCUAUAUAUUAUUGGGAAUUUAUUAAAAUAUAUCUUAAAAUAUUAAUUAUUAGUUCUUAAAUAGUUUUAAAUAAAGAUAUUCGACUCUAGUAAAUGUAUAUUCUCUCAUCACUAUUUCUUUAUUUGCUUGUCACAAAAAAAGUUAAGCCUUAUUCUUCCACUGACAUGAACUAGUGUGAUUAGAACUUAACUAUAGUUCUAAUUUUUAAUAUUUUAAUAUUUUGUGUAUCAGAAUAGAUAAACAGCCAAAUAUUAAUAAAAUAUAUUAUUCAGACCUUGCUUUUUAUAGUUAAUAUAAGUAUAAUUAUCUUCAUAGCAAAACAUAUAUUUCUUAAAAAAUUCCCUUAUAGUUAUUUUAAAAUGAAUAUUUUUUAAAAAAUAAUAUUUAAACUUUGUAGCAGAUUUCCUAAACUUUAUCGUUACAUAGUAUUUUAACCAUAAGACCCUUAUAGAGUAUUUAGGAAUUGGAAAAAGCUUAGAUAACUUCUUUUACAGUUUUAUAAUCUGAAAAAAUAAAAAAAUUUUUUGAAUGAAUAAAUGUACAAGCUUUAUAAGACUUAGGUCAAUAUCAGUUCACAUAAUUCAUUAGAAAUAACUCCUUAUAUAAAAUAAUCUUAACCAAAAUAAUUAAAACAAAAUAUUUAAAUUAAACCUAUGAACUCAACAUUCUCAAUAAAUAAAUAUAAUUAAUAACAAUUUAUGAGAAAUUGCAAUUCAAAAAAAGCCUCUAUUAAACUAAUGGAAGAUUCGAUUGAAAGAUUUGAUAUUUAAUCAUACUAGGAACCAAGUAGCGUAAACCAGAAAAUAUUUUCUUCAUAAACUCUAACAUAAGUCAAGCUAUAGUCAAUAAGUUCAUAAAUUUAAAAUAACAACUCUGAUUUGAUUUUUUUCAAGCUAAAAACAAAUAAAGAAUAUAAAGCUUAAAAAGAAAGAAGGAAAUCACUUUUUUAAAAUUAAAAUUGA